AAGAAAAAAAAACAAAACAAAGAAGACAUCCAAGAAUAUGCAAAAAAAUAAUAAAUAUUGAACACAAAAUCAACUAGUUUUUUUGAUACUAUUUUUCAAACAUCAACCAUCCGUGGUCAUUAUGUGUUAAAGUGAUUUGUUGUGUGUUUUCAAAUUGAGAAAAAAUAAGAACGAAUGAGAAGAAAAAAUUUGUAAAAUUGUGCUUGACGUUGAGUUCUUGGCUUGUGUAAUGUAAAUUUUUAUAAAAUUAAAACAGGAAAUUUAACGAAAAUUUAUAAUAAAAAUAAACAUGCUAUGGAAAACUAAACAAUAAUAUUGCAGAAAGUGAAAAAAUUCUAGAAGGAUACCAAGAAAGUCAAAGCUCAGCACAACAAAAAAUAUACAUUUUUUUGUUUCAAACAAAGUAAACUGCGUAAUUAUUGUUAAAGUACAAUAUUGUAAAAGGAAAAGAAAUUUUGCUUUCAAAGGGAAAUUCCAAGUGGAAAAUUCAAAUUGAAAAGGUAUUUCAACAUCUAAUAAGAUUUCUGUGGUAUAGCAGACAUAAAUUACAAGUUUUUUUCGCGAAAUUGUUUUUGGUGAAAAAUCGAAGUGUUUAGAGAGAAUUGCAACUAAAGCAACAACAAUAACAUCAUAUAUUGCAGCUGGCUGCAGUUUUGCCCUUCAUUGAGAAAAAAAGUAUAAAAAAAGAACGAAAUAAAUUAAUUUGUAGUUGUUGCUGAUUUUUUCAUUCUUCAUUUUCUUCAUUGAUUCGCUUUUUAAAAGCUUUGUGUGUGUGUUUGCCAGUUAAGUGUGGGUCAAAAGAAGAACGUAAAAGAGAAAAAAGUAGAAACAGCAAACAAAAUAAUAAACCGUUUAAGUUUUACCCUUGAUUUGGCUUAAAAAUUAAAAAGAAUAAUUUAAUAUUUUAUUUAAACAUUUAUAUAAAAUUCUUGUUAAUAUUCUCUACAAAGCAGUGAAUUUAAUUUUUAAAACAAAAUCUCUCUCUUCUACUUUGCAUUGAACUGUUAAUUGCUGUGCUUGAAUUAAAAAAUAUGUACAAAAAAGAGUGCAAAUGUGUGGGUUUUCAUUUCUAACGGUUUUGUCUCGUAGUUAAUAAUUAAAAACUGGAUUUUUUACUGAACUAAAAAAAUUUAUUAAAACGUUAAACCAAUAACAAUAAAUUCAUCUAUAACAAGAACAACAAGAGUAGUUGCAUUAAAACAACAAAAUCAGUUCAAGGUCUUUUGAGAACUUACGAUUCGUUGUAAAGGAAAGCAAAUACAAAAAAGUGAAAACAAAAAUGUAAAAUACAUUAUCGACAUAAUAAUUGAUAAUGAAAAUGCGUAAAAGGAAAAUACAGCGAAAUCAUUAAUGGCGGCAGCAAUUCUUUUCCCACAAUAUAAAAUCAAAUAAUAAUCGAUUCAAACUGUCAGCGAAUAAAAUCGUUCCAUCCUUUACAACUCUAUAGUCUCGAAAUCGAAAACAAAGAAAACCAGAUGCAACAAUUGCAUUUUUUUAAAUCAUCAACUGAUUAUCGUUGUUGUUGUUGCUUUUGGUUGAACGAAAUUCAAUAUUUAAACAGUGCAGGAGAGUGAAAAAGAGAUACUGAGAAUAAAAUACACCAAGCAGUUUUUAUAUUAAAAACGAAAAAAUAACACAAAUAAUCAGUUUAUUGUGGUAUAUUGUUGUACUUUGAAAGUGGAACGACGACUGUAAAAUCUAAAAGAGAUACAAAAACAUCGCAAAAAUACAAAGACACAUUUUUGUUGAUGGUAUUUUCUGUUUAUUUAAGGAGUUGAUUUCAACAAACACUUCCACAACUCAUACCGUCAUAUAGACAGAUACUAACUAAGCAACCAACCAUUCAACCAAGUUACCAUCACCAUCAACACCACCACCAACCACUAGCACUAACAACCAACCAAUAUCAAUAUCAAGCGCACUAGAGCGAAAUCAUCAUUUUGUUUUAUUACAAAAACUAGCGGCAGACGGUUAUUUACCCUUUAAUGAAAAAAAUUUAAAAUAAAAAUAUAAAAAAAUUGUACAAGCUGUAAAACGAAACGAUCUUUAGCAAAAAAUUACAACACAAAGAAAGACGCUGACAGCAAAAAAUCUGAUUCUCAGACUUGAUGGUAAAUGGCUUAACACUAUAGAAAACAUUUGCAAACAUUCUUGUUAAAAUUUAUGGAACAAUUUUUGUCAGACGGUAAAAAAAGCUGCUGCUGUUGGACAAAGAAAAUAAACUAGAGUUAAAACAGCUGCAACUACAGCAACAAUAAUAAGUACAACAAACGACAGUCUACAGCAACAAGAGUGGGUGCAGUUAUAGACCAGACUAUUAAAAAAAAAAAAACAAUCCUAACAACAAUUAUCAGCAAUUUGUAUAAUGUUUGCAUUGUAUUUUAACUAGAAAAAAUAUAUUAAACGACUACAUCAACAAUAAUAACAAUAAUAGUAUCUCCAACUGAUUGUGAGUAAUACUAUAGACAACAACAACACAUUGCUGCCAUUUAAUAUAAUAAAAUAAAGAAGCAACAACAACAACAAUAGCAGCAAUUGCAACAACACAAGUAUUAUUAAAAAAAUAAACAUUUAAACGUAAUAAAGCAAAAAUAAAUUAAAAAAAGAAACGUGCUAAAAACAGCUGUUACGGUUUUCAACGCCACCGCCGGACCGACUCUGCUGCUGUCACUACAUUUUGCAGGAGUGUGUAUGAACUAAAGUAAACAUAUAUAUAUUCAAAGUUUUUUAACGCGCUAAAAAUUAAUUUGCAAGUGAAAGAAACAUUUUCUUAAAUAAACAAAGACUUUUACAAAAACAACAACCACAAACCAACAGCAACUAACAAACAAACAACAUGGUUAAAACAUUUCAAUCUUAUUUACCGUCCACCAAUCGGACCUACUCAUGUGUUCACUGUCGAGCUCAUUUAGCCUCACACGAUGAGCUUAUCUCAAAAUCAUUUCAGGGCAGUCAAGGACCAGCCUAUCUCUUUAAUUCUGUAGUUAAUGUGGCUUGUGGUCAGACAGAAGAAAGAGUACUGCUAACCGGACUGCAUGCAGUCGCUGACAUCUAUUGUGAGUGCUGUAAAACACCGUUGGGUUGGAAAUAUGAACAUGCCUAUGAAUCGAGUCAAAAAUAUAAAGAGGGUAAAUACAUCAUAGAAUUAGCACAUAUGAUUAAGGAAAAUGGCUGGGAUUGAACGUAGUGAAUUGCUAAUAGAAAAAAAAAGUUUGAUACUUUUAAGAACAAACAAAAAAAGGCAAAGAACUACUACUGAGCUACGGUGAGACGUGAUACAAUUUUUAUAUAUGACAGCAAGAAAAAAAUACUACUUUCUUUUUUGUUGAGCUGCUGGUCCUAAGGGAGAAAUAGUGGCUGGGAGUUUAGUAUAAGAACAUCUACAUCAGCUUCAACAAAAUAAUUAUUUCAAACAAAUACGUAUUAUUACAAAAACAACAAAGAAAACACAAAUCAUGCAUGGGACUUAUAAGUCUGAUCACAACUGGAAAAGAGUAAAAGCACAAAUGCAUUCUGUGUAUUAGGCCAGAAAUGAAGAUUUGUUUUGCAAAUAUCUUGGUUUAAAAAAGAGGUUUGAUUUAAGUGUGUCUAUUUGUGUGUUUUACUACUUUAUAUACAUAUAUAUGUACGAGUAUUUUAUAAGUAGCUAUAAUUUUAAUGAAAAAACAAAAUAUGAAAAUAUAUAAAAUUCUAGUUAAUUUUUAAUUAAUACUGAAGAUGUAAAGAGUAUUAACUUAGAAACACAACAUUUAGUUAAAAAAUUUCAAUAACAACAACAUCACCCACCUAAAAAAACAACACAAAUCAAACAAAAGUUAAACAACUACACACACUCACAUUUUCAUAACUUCUUUUUAUGAAUAUUAGAUUUCGUUGUAUUUAUGAAUUAUGAAACUUCUUCUAAACACUCUGCCUCUAAAUCUCCCUUAUGAAAACAUCAUGUUUUUUGGACCAAAUUUGUAAAAAAAAAAAACAAACAAAAAAUCGUAAAAACUUAAACAGAAAGCAUACUUUUAUAAAAAAUUUGAAUAUUUUUUAUAAUAAAAAGUGAAAAAAUGCUUGCUUUAAAUGGCUUUUCUUAAGAAAAAGCUUUGAUUUUUAAAUGUAUUACAAAAAUAAAAAAAACGAAAAUUAACAUUGUUGUACAAUAAAAAGAAAAACUUGAAAUUUAACUUCAAUUUACACAAUUUUUCAUUUUAACAUUUUCUUCAAAUACUCGUAGUAUUUCCUUACAUUUUAAACAAUUUUGUUAUAAUUUGUUUUUGGUUUUAUUUAAGGGCCUUUUCAUUAAUGUUUUUGUUUUAAUAAUAACUGCUUUGCUAAAUUCAGUUCUUAUCAUUGUUAUCUUUUUUUUUUAAUAAUUUAUUGACUUUUCCUGCUUUUAUUGCUUAAAGUUAGGUAAACCUUUAAAAGGUUAUUGCAAAAAAUUUGCUCAAUUGAUAAUGUAUUACUAUUUUUAUAUGCAUUACUGUUUUUUUUAAAUUCAUUUUAAAUAUGUUUUUAUAAUCUCAUUUUAUGUUUAUCAUAAAUUAAACAUUUUCUUUUUUAAAUGUUUCAUAUUAUCAGUUUUUCAACAGUUUUAAAAUGUUUAAAUUUUUUUUAAAUGUUGUAAUUGCAUUUUGUAAUAGAUUAUGUUUUGAAAAAAUAUUCAUAGAAAUUUUCAAAAUUUUCCCAAUAAUUUUGUAAUUAAUUUAUUGCUGAGGUCUGACAAAUGACCUAAGAUACUCUACAAUUAGUUCUAGUAUUUUAGGAUCAUUCACCGACCUUUUGAAGAUCUUAUAAAUAUCAGAUAAGAUGUUGCGAACCUGUUCUACCUAGUACUACGACCUUCUUAUCGCCCUAUAGACAACCUAUAAAACAGCACAUUCUUAUUGUAUACAGUUUUAAGAACAAUCACAUAGUUUUUCACAUUCGUUCCCAUUUUGAAGAUGUGAACCAGGCACGUAAAAUUCAGUAUUAUAAUCUUUUUUUCAGUUUUAUUGAAAAAGAAAUAUACUGCAGUACCGCAGCAAAUAUUUUAAAUAGAUUUUUCUGUAAACGUUUGCUAAUUUGUCCAAAGGCUGGUAUGUAGAUUACUAAAUCAAUAGACUAGUGCAAGGACUAAUCUAAUAGACUAGUGCAAGGCUUAAUCAGCAGGCUAGCCCACAGAUUAGUUCAGAGACUAGUCCAAAAAAUAGUCCACAGAACAGUCAAUAGACUAGUCUAUAGACUAUUGGAUAGACUGGUCCAUUAUAGAUUAAUCCUUUGACUAGUCCAAUAGAUUAGCGAAUAAUCAAUGGAUUAGUGCAAAGACUAGUCAGCGGACAAGUUCAUAGACUAGUCCAUAGAUAAUUCAAUAGACUAGUUCAUAAAUUAACCAAUAGAUUGGUCCAUAGAUAAGUCAAUAAAUUAGUAUAUGGAUUAGUGUGUAACUAGUCAGUAGAUUAGUUUAUAUAAAAGUCUAUAGACUUGUUAAUAGACUAAUUCAUAGACUAGUUAAUAGACUAGUCCAGAGACUAAUCGUAAGUUGAUAGACUGGCCAUAGAAUUGUGCACUGCACUAGUUCAUUGACUAGUUCAUAAACUAGUCCAUUGACUAUUGCGUAGACGAGUCCAUAGAAUAGUCAACAAACUUCUUAGCGGUAGACUGGUCAAUAAACUAGUCCAUUGACUAGUAGAUAGAUUAAUCCGUUGACUAGUCCAUAGUCUACUUAGUAGACAAGUCAAUAGACCGGUCCAUUGACUAGUACAUAGACUAGCACAUAGAAUAGGCAAUAGUUUAGUCCGGUCAAAAGACUAGACCAUAGAUUAAAAUGCCGAAAAGUAAUUUGAAAUGCCUGGUGUGAAACCCAAACUCAUUAUAAAUAAAGUUCUUAUUGUAGAUUAAACGGCUCAUAGUCGAAAAUUGAGCUUUGCAGGCUUUGAAUACAUGUCCGAGCUUUUGAAAAUAAUGUUUUAAAUAAUUUUUCAAAAUUAUCUAUUACAAAUGAAUUACUAAUUCUUGUCUUAUUCUAUCUCUUUAAAUAUCUUUCUUCAACAAAAAAAAAAGAACACAUACAAUCAAUACAUUUCAUAUACACAAAUACACUAAAUGCCCAUUAGUUAUUUAAACUAUAAAAAAAACUUAGUAAUUUAUUUAUAAAAAAAUUAAUAAAACUAUAAAUUUAAUAAAUAGUUAAAACAAAUUCUAACGUUUAACAAAUUUUUUUAAUAAAUAAUGUAUUAUAAAUUAGUAAUAACACAAUUAGCAAGCAGUUUUUUUUCCGUUUUGUGUAAACCACCCUCGCUCCCAAAUAAAAAAAAACACAAAUUGUUUUAAAUGAAAUGAAAUAAAACAGAAGAAAAUUGAAAAUAAAAAAUUGUACUUAUUUAAAAGAAAACUUCUUGAAUAAAAAAGGCAAAGAAUGCAAAUUUCUAAAGAAAAUAUUAAUAAAUUUAAAAACUGCUUGCGAGGCGGUUCAAAAUAUGAAAAUUUUAAUAAUGUGUAAUUGGUAUUAAAGAAAUAAAAUUAAAGUUUAAGGUUAAAAAUACAAUAAAACUUAAAAAAUCUUAAACUUGUUAUAUGCAUAUCGUUAGCAAAACUACAAAUUUGAAUAAAUUUGUAGUAAAAUUUUCUUUAAAUAUACAAAAGUAAGAAAAACUAUUAAAAAAUUACAUAUAAAAUCAAACUGUGAUGCAUUUUUGCUAACGAUAUGUUAUAAAUUACUUCCGUUCUGGAAUUUGAAAUAUCUAGAUUCUGCUUUUAUGGAAAGAAAUUUUACUAAAUGUAUUUUUACUAAAAGUAAAUUUUAUUGAAUUUCUACAUAAAAACCGGAAUGAAGUUGUCAAAUUAUUUUUAACAAAUUGGAAAGAAAAACUUCACUAAAUGACUACUUUUUCGUAUACUAUAAUAUUUUUUGAUCUCAUUAUUUUAUAAUUUAUAUAUUUUUGUUUAAUCAAAAUUUCAUGUUUAACCUUAAACUUUAAUUUUUAAGUAAACAACUGUUAACAUCAAAUCUAAACAGGCUGCUGCUAGCUUGACUUUAAAAAAAAAGGCUGAAACAGUUUAAAAGCAGUAACAAAAAAUUUUAAUAAAAUAAUUAAAAAAAAACAACAAAAAUUUGUUAAUAAAAAUAUUAAACAUUUAAAAUUAUGUAAAAUCUAAGCUACUGUUUAUGUGAAACAAACGUGAUUGCAUAGUAAUGUUCUGGGAAAUGUGUACGGAAAGGAAUAAAAGGAGAAUUAAGUUAUUAAAUUGUGGGAGUUUUAAAAGUAAUUGCUCAAGACAAAUUCUUUAAAGAUUUUUCCAUUUUAUCAAUAAAUUAAAGUUUCACAAACGACUCACUAAAUGUUUUAAUCUCUAACAAGAUGAUUACUAUUCCCCUGUUCAAUUCCAAUAAUAUUCUGAGUGCUACAAAAAGCUGUACGGAAGUUUUUUUUUUAUAUUACCAAAAUUGGACAACAAAAACGUUUAAAUUUUUCACAUGCACGAAGUUGAGUUAACGUGGCGGUUGGAAGGUCAACCACACUUUCUUUUAAGUCUUUCGCAGUUUGAUUAAACUUAAGAUUUGUGAGCUUCUGACCACGCUAUGUGUUGAUCUAUGAGAUCCACACAUAGCAACAUAUUCUCUCUAGACGUACGUGGUUUUAUUGAAUUCAAACUAACCGUUUAGAAACUGGAUCAGAAACACAAAGAUGCGAUCGUUUUCAAUUUAUCACAUAACGUUUCAUUUGUGAACUUCUGACCCCGCUAGUUGCGAUCGUUUUCAAUUUAUCAUAUAACGUUCUAUUUGUGAACUUUUGACUCGGUUAUCUGUUGAUCUAUAAGAUCCAAACUCUAAGCCUUAACUCAGCAAGACGUCCUUUCUAGGCAUACGCAGUUUUAUUGAUUUCAAAUUAACCGUUUAGAAAUUGGAUCACAAACACAAAGUUACGAUCGUUUUCAAUUUGUCACAUAACGUUCCAUUUGUGAACUUCUGACCCCGCUAGUCGCGAUCGUUUUCAAUUUAUCAUAUAACGUUCCAUUUGUGAACUUUUGGCUUAGUUAUCAGUUGAUCUAUGAGAUCCAAAUUCUAAGCCUUAACUCAGCAACACGUCCUUUCUAGGCACACAAACACAAAGUUGCGAUCGUUUUCAAUUUAUCAAAUAACGUUCCAUUUGUGAACUUCUGACAUCGCUAUCUGUAGGUAUAUGAGAUCCAAAUUCUAAUACGUCCUCCUUAGACUACGUACGUCUAGGGAGGACGUAUUAGAAUUUAUUAUACUCAGACCAACUGUUUAGAAACUAGAUCAAAAACACAAAGUUGUAACAGAUGAUCUGAUCACUCUAUAUGAAGAUCUAUGAGAUCCAAAAUCAACUCUGAAAUACUUUUUUUCUAGUCUUAUACAGACUAAACGUUUAGAAACUGGAUCAAAAACGCAAAGUACGUUUUAACUUUUUCAUUUAUCGCAGGUUAUUCAAUAUGUGAACUUCUAACCUUGUAGAUCUAGGAGAUCGAAAUUCUUAGUAUUAAAUGACCAACACUAUCUUUCUAUCUUUCUAGGCUUAUGUACACAUUUUUAUUAAAUCACAAACUCAAUAUUGGGAUCGUUUUUAAUCCCAUAUUUUUGAAUUUUUCUUUAUAAACAAAAUUUAUAUUGUUUUUCAUAAACAGCUGCUUAGAAAAUAACUCUUAUAUCAUACAACUUUAGGUAAUUGGAUAAAAAUCUAUUCAAAAUUUAAUUUAUAAAUCCCUUAUUAAAAUAUAUAUUUUCCCAAAACACAUUUUCUUUCUAAACCAAUUGGUAUUAAAACAUUUAUGAUAAUAAAUUAUUAACUAUAACCACUACUGCUUAUUAUAGUUUUAGCCUUGAUAACAAAUGAAAAUAUUAAUUUAAUAAUUAAUUAAAAAUUAAAGCAAAACAAAAAAAAA